AUAAAUAUUGGAGUGCUAAAGAAUGCAUCGGAGGCAGACCAUACUCUUGUUUUUGUUGCUGACUUAAUUGUUCAGGAUAGGAAAACGAGAAGGCCACCGGAAAAAUGGUAUAAUUCGAGAGACCUUGUGAGAGUGAAGCGUUCAAUCGCCAUGCUCAGGGUAAUAUUUGAGCAAAUUCUAAAGAAUAAUAGGGAAGAUUCCCUAACUGGUCCAGUUAACGUGGCAUAUGACAACAUUCUUGCUCCAUACCAUAGCUAUAUUGCUAAUAGAUUUGUCCAUCUGUUCACAAUGGUGGAAGACCUUCCUACAAUGGAAAAACUCUUGGAACAACUAGGGGAAACUUGGGAUUCAGCAGUGGAUCACAUGGACAGGUAUGUUCAGGCAUCCAAUAUGUUACAGACCACAUUGAGAACUUAUUUAACUCAUAUGGGUUAG